CUGGAAACUCUCCCAAACUUUCAGCACAAACAUUUCACAAACACUCAUUUCUUCUCCAUCUUCGUUCAUUCCCAUUCUUUUCCCAACAAUACUCGGCUUUUCAUCAAACCCGAGUUUAUUGGUUUAGACAAUUAUGGAUCGUCUCAAUGGUUCUGCACGUCUCAUGAUAGUUUCGGACCUUGACUUAACAAUGGUGGAUCAUGAUGAUCAAGAGAACAUUUCGCUUCUUAGGUUUAACGCGUUGUGGGAAUCUUGUUACCGUCAUGAUUCUCUGCUUGUUUUCUCGACUGGAAGGUCACCUACAAUUUAUAAACAGUUGAGGAAAGAGAAACCUUUGUUGACUCCUGAUAUAACUAUUAUGUCUGUGGGAACUGAGAUUGCGUAUGGCGAAUCGAUGGUACGAGAUGAUGGCUGGGAGCAGUAUCUGAAUUACAAGUGGGACAGGGGCAUAGUCUUGGAGGAAACAUCCAAGUUUCAUGAACUUGUCCCUCAGUCAGAAACGGAGCAACGACCUCACAAAGUCAGCUUCUUUAUCGAAAAGUCUAAGGCCUCUGCAGUAAUGAAAGCUCUGUCAGAACACCUGGAAAAACACGGGUUAGAUGUGAAAAUUAUUUUUAGUAGUGGGACGGCUUUGGAAGUAUUACCAAAAGGUGCUGGCAAGGGACAGGCUCUUGCAUAUUUGCUGAAGAAAUUUAGAAUCGAUGGAAAAAUGCCUGUUAAUACUCUUGUCUGUGGUGACUCUGGGAAUGAUGCAGAACUAUUUGGCAUUCCUGAAGUAUAUGGUGUGAUGGUCAGCAAUGCACAAGAAGAAUUGUUGCAGUGGUAUGAAGAAAAUGCAAAGAACAAUCCCAAUAUAAUUCAUGCAACUGAGAGAUGUGCUGCUGGAAUUAUACAAGCCAUUGGAUAUUUUGGUCUUGGCCCAAAUGUAUCUCCAAGAGAUAUAAGAGAUUUCCAAACAUGCAAAGUGGACAUAUUCAGUCCGGGUCAUCAAGUUGUGAAGUUUUAUUUGUUUUAUGAGAGAUGGCGACGUGCAGAAGUUGAGAAAUCCGAGUUCUAUAUGCAAAACUUAAGAUUGGUCUUUGAUUCAAUUGGCAUUUUUGUCCAUCCCUCUGGAAUUGAACGAUCAUUACAUCAAUCCAUAGAUUUGAUAGCAGGAUUGUAUGGAGAUAAGCAAGGAAAGCAAUAUCGAGUAUGGGUGGAUCGAGUUUCCUCUGCACAGAUUGGUUCAGAUGUAUGGCUUGUGAAGUUUGAUAAGUGGGAGUUAUCUGGAGUGGAGCGGCAAUGCUGUCUAACCACUGUUUUACUGAAUUCAAAGGCCAUGGUACCGGAUGGAUUCACAUGGAUGCAUAUUCAUCAGACUUGGCUGGAGGGUUCAGGACCAGAAGAUCAAACUACAUGGAUUCUAUAGUUUACCAACUAGGUAAGUACAUAAUUUUCCAGACAUGACAUACAGUAUUGUAAAAAGCAUAUACCAGUUCUCAAUUUCUCUCCUUCCUUUCUUUACUCCCCUUAGCCAGGCAAGAUUCUCAUGUCAGUCCUCCUCAUCCCCAGUCCACAUCCUUGUUACCUUAGAAACAAAUGAUUUAAGCCUUCGGCAAGCAUUAUCGCCAUCUAUUGAGCCAAUAAUCUUUGCUACUGGAAUUUUAAGACCAAAAAUUGCAAAAGCUACAGUAUGAAACAAGGUAAUGUAAUGUAAAGGUCUAAUAAAUUUAGUCAUUUCUUAAUAACUCUUUCAGUCUACCCUAAUUAACAACAAUAUUCUGCAGUUCUUGUAUUGAUGUCUAGUUUAUAAACCAUGAAGUAAUCAUGGUGUUGCUCUUAACUUCGCUGUUCCUUGAGUUUAUAAGAGACAAGUUAUGUAAGUGAUUGUACUUGAAAUAAAUAGAUGAAAGCUGGAUUAUCUGUUUGAAAAAUAACUGUUGUAAUUGUAUGUAUUAGUUUA